AACAUGCUAUGCGGCUCUGACUCUCCCGAGUAGUGACUGUUUGACAUGCAGCUUCUCGAGAACCCAACUUAGAUUUGUUUGAACAGAGAAGAAACGAAACACAGAUUUGAUCAAAAACAACAAAUAAAACACCCACCUCCAUUUUCAAGUACAGAGAUCCUAUUUCUUACAAUCCAUUCUACUCCUACUACUUUUACUUUGUCAAAUUGUCACCCAACGUAAUAAUAAUACUAUACUGCUAUCAUUUUUAUAAUGAUCAUGAUGAUCUAAAUUUCAACUUAGGUUAAUUUUCGUUAUUACAUCUGCAUGUAUUUUCUAUUUUGUAUUGUGUUUUGUUGUUUGAAACAAUUGCAGAAAAGUGUGUAAUUAAGUACAUGAAAUGGCACUGCUUCGCAAAUUGUUCUUUCGCAAACCACCUGAUGGACUUUUGGAGAUAUCUGAGAGAAUCUAUGUUUUUGACUGUUGUUUUACUACUGAUUGCUGGGAAGAGAAGAACUACAAAGGUUACUUAGCAGGCAUAGUCAGUCAGCUACAAGAGCAAUUUCAAGAUGUUGCGUUGUUGGUCUCCAAUUUUAGGAAGGCAGAGGUGAAGACCCAGAUUUCGAAGAUUAUGUCGGAGUAUGAUAUGACCAUAAUGGAUUAUCCAUGGCAUUAUGAGGGUUGUCCUAUCCUUUCAAUGGAGUUGAUCCACCAUUUUCUGCGCUCGACUGAAAGUUGGCUUGCACUGGGAGAGCACAAUGUUCUGCUGUUGCAUUGUGAAAGGGGUGGUUGGCCAGUCCUGGCUUUUAUGCUUGCUGCACUUUUGAUUUAUAGGAAACAAUACACAGGGGAGCAGAGGACCUUGGAUAUGGUUUACAAGCAAGCGCCUCGCGAGCUUUUGCCAAUGUUGUCACCUUUAAAUCCCAUCCCAUCGCAACUUCGUUACCUUCAAUAUGUAUCAAGAAGAAAUGUUGCUUCACAGUGGCCUCCUUUGAAUAGGACGUUGAGUUUGUAUUGUAUAAUCUUCAGACUCGUUCCUGUUUUUAGUAAAGAGGGGGGUUGUCGUCCUAUUUUUCGGAUUUAUGGACAAGAUCCACUUAAUGAUGAGGAUCGAACUCCAAAAUUAUUGUUCUUCAGUCAAGAAAAGAGUAAUGCGGCCCGUUUAUAUAAGCAGACAGAAUCAGAGCUUAUCAAAAUUGAUAUCAAUUGCAAUAUCCAAGGGGAUGUUGUGCUCGAGUGUACAAGCCUGCAUGAGGAUAUGAAGCAUGAAGACAUGAUGUUCCGUAUCAUGUUCAACACAGCUUUUAUAAGGUCCAAUAUUUUAAUUCUUAAUCGAGAUGAAAUUGAUACACUGUGGGACACUAAGGAUAACUUUCCAAAGGAAUUUAGAGCAGAGAUUCUGUUUUCAGAUAUGGAUGCUGCUGCUUCCGAGGUUGCUGCAAAUUUGUCAUGCUUCGAGGAAAAGGAGGGUGUUCCAGUGGAAGCAUUUGCUAAAGCGCAGGAGUUCUUUAGUCAUGUCGACUGGCUAUAUUCGAGAGAUGAUACUGGUCAAAGUGUGAUACAUAAAGUUUCGGCACCAUCCAUUUCCUGCAAAAACAUUGACUUUGUUACUGUUCCAGUACUUCCACUUCCAGAUGCUGAGAGUUCUGCCCCACUGUGUAGAUCAAGCAAUGAGAAGUCAAAGGAGAAACAGAACUCUAACAUGAUAUAUAAUUUAGAAGACCAGGAUAAUCAGGACUUGCUUUGUCAGAAAUCAGUGGAUCACAAUCUGGCCGAGCAGAAGGUCAAGUCCAGCAAAUUUCAGGUUCUGCUGGACCAAUAUCAGCCAGGGGUGAUUGCUAAAAAAAAACUAGUAGCUUGUCUCAACCCAGGUAUGAGAAGGCUUUCGGUCACUCCAUGUGCUCCUCAGAGAAAAGAUACUAAGUGUCCUGAUAAUGUAGAAGAUGGUCUAAUGGCAUCAGGAGUUUCAGUCCAUGCAGAGGCGACCGCUUCUCAGCAAGCUUCUCCAUCUGUUGUACGAGAAAAACCUUUAGCCUCUCUUCCUAUGCAAUCACCACAACAACCUCAUGUAGAGGGGUUCGAAGUGGAGCUGUCUUGUAAAGAUGUGUGUACAGGCCUUGAAGAUGCAUCAAAAUCAUCAGCAACUCCUGAGUCAUCUCUGAUUGCUCGUGAAGGGGAAGCCUCAAUAUCAAGAGGUGGUCCUCUGCCACCUCCAAAACUUGUUGAACGGCCAUCUAUCAAUCCUAUGCACGAGGAUUCAAGUGUGACCGACAGAUGUCGACCAACAAUAUCAUCAACUUCUCUAGAGACUCCUUCAAGGAAGGAUCCAUAUUUUAAAACAUCAACUUCAUCAUCUCCACAGCUGCGUUCCACACCUUCAAAACUAGAACCAACUCUUCAGUCUCCCUCUAGGCCACCACCACCACCACCACCACCACCUCCUCCUCCUCCUCCUCCUCCUGCUGCAGCACCACCACCUCCCCCACUACCUCUUUUGAAAGAGAAACAUAGAAAAGCUGAAGCUCCUCCAGCCCCACUUCCACCCCAGAAAUCGAGCUCUUCAAGCUCAUUUCCAGCACCACCGCCGCCUCCGCCUCCUGGUCCUGGAUUACAGUCACAGCAAGCACAGGUUUCUGCAUCUGUUCCCUGUGCACCUGCUCCCCCUGUUAGUUCUGAUAAAGGAGCUCCAAAGAUGGGUAUGACUCCAGCUCCUGCACCAUCUCUAAGUUCUUUUAAUGUAAAGGGACGAAGUCCUUCACGCACUUUAGAACCAAAAAGCUCUCAAACUACAAAAUUAAAGCCAUUGCAUUGGCUGAAGCUGAACAGAGCAGUGCAAGGAAGUAUUUGGGCAGAAACUCAGAAAUCUGGAGAACCUUCAAUUGCUCCAGAGAUUGACAUGUCAGAACUAGAGAAUCUUUUCUCCGCUUCAGCACCAAAUUUAGAUCGAGGAACCAUUGGUGGCAAAUUGGGGCGUUCUCUUGGAGCUCCCAAAUCUGAUAUAGUGCAACUGGUUGAUCAUCGGAGAGCUUCCAAUUGUGAGAUUAUGCUCUCAAAAGUUAAAGUUCCAUUACAAGAACUGAUGGGUUCAGUCCUUUCUCUACGCGAUUCUUCUUUGGAUAUUGACCAAGUCGAGAACCUCAUAAAGUUUUGCCCAACCAAAGAAGAGAUGGAGUUACUUAAGGGAUACAAAGGAGAGAUUGAUAAGCUUGGCAAGUGUGAACAGUUCUUUCUAGAAUUGAUGCGAGUGCCAAGAGUUGAAGCUAAGCUGAGAGUUUUCUCAUUUAAGAUGCAGUUCCAUACUCAGGUUUCUGAUCUUAGGAAGAGCCUCAAUAUUGUGAAUUCUGCUGCACAUGAGAUCAGAAGUUCGGUGAAACUCAAACGAAUUAUGCAGACAAUUCUUUCACUGGGUAAUGCAUUGAACCAGGGAACAGCUAGGGGCUCUGCUGUUGGCUUUCGCCUUGAUAGCUUGCUGAAGCUCACCGAGACCCGUGCACGGAAUAACAAGAUGACUCUUAUGCACUACCUUUGCAAGGUGAUUGCGGAUAAGCUUCCAGAGCUCCUAGACUUCUCAAAGGAUCUUGCGAGCAUUGAACCAGCAACAAAGAUCCAAUUAAAAUUUUUGGCAGAGGAGAUGCAAGCAGUCAACAAAGGACUGGAAAAGGUCGUGCAAGAAUUGUCCAUGUCGGAAAAUGAUGGGCCCAUCUCAGAUGAAUUUUGGAAGAUUCUGAAGGAGUUUCUACGUUUAGCUGAAGCAGAGGUGCGCUCAUUGGCAUUACUUUACUCUGGUGUUGGUAGAAUUGUUGAUGCGUUGAUAGUGUACUUUGGGGAAGAUCCUGCUCGUUGUUCAUAUGAACAAGUUGUCACAACUCUGCUCAAUUUCACGAGAAUGUUCAACCGAGCCCAUGAAGAGAACUGCAAAAAACUUGAGCUCGAGAAAAAGAAAACUGGAAAAGAUUUAGGAAGUCAGAGGAUAGGAGCUCAAAAGGAAUCUGAUAUAACAAGAGGGGGAAAAAUCAGAUGACUGAAGUGUAACAUUUCUCCUUCAUGUGAAAGGAUUAAUAUUAUUCUUCUGGAGCAAAUGUUGUGAAUAUUCUAUUCACUUCUUAUUGGAUGGAUAUGAGGGUUAAAAGGGGUCUCAGCUGUGAGUGUGUUACUUCAUGGGAGCUACAUUUGUCAUGCCGCGAUCUCCAUCGCCUGUUCAUUUGCUUUCAAUUAUAUCCGAGGAUGGGCUUGUACUCCUUAACGUAAGAAAGUGCUUCCGAAGGCUUGAGACUUCUAUUCCACUGGGAUAUAAUGCCCUGGAUAUCGAGUCAUCGACAGAUCUACCUUUGUAGUUUGCAAAUGGUACUUCAUGCCAGUGUAGAUGAAAUAUAUAUAGGUUGUAUGAACACUGUAUAAGCUGUGUACAGAAAUGCAGGAGCAAAGUUUCUUUCACAAUUUUGUCUAUUUUUUCUUCUUCCUAGCUAAAAAUUGGAGAUGGACAUUCAAUUGGUGAUGCUCUCAAAGUACUGAAUUGCUGGUUGUAGUAAACAUGUAUAAUGCCCCAAGAUUUGGGAAAUUUUAUGCUUUCUUAUA